GGUCGGAGUUCAUUGUGCCACAAGUGCAUUCCGAGUGCCAGCGACGCCAAUUGCUCGUUGCGAACCUGGGGCCAGUUGCGAAUCGCUCUGCGAAAGCGGCAGUGACAUUUGCCGCAGCGAGGGCUCGACCCUUGCGGUAGCUACUCGAGUUGCAAAAAACAACGUGAAAGCCGCGAGAAGAUCGCCGUGUUCACGCGAGACAAAGACCGACCUGUUUCCUGAUUUUGAGGGAACUCGGAGUGACAGAAAUCGCCUUCCCUUGCCGGCUUAUGUCCAAUUAGCGAGAAAGACCUUUAAUCACCGUGUGUGAUCGACACAGUAUUUCCUGCGGUCGCAAUCUGUGUCGUGAUAGAAACGACGAGUCGCGAUACAACGAACUAUCCUUCGUGUAUUCGCGUGGUGCGAAUAGAAUCGUGCAAAUAUAUCCGCGUGCCAUUUCGUUACAACGGUAUCUCGUGCAAGGAGAGCUUUUCGUCAUACGAUGAAAAGCUGUUUUUACUUCGAAUGUCACUUUGGAUGUGUGGUUCUCGGUGAAGAUUGAGGUAAACGUGGUGAGAUCUGGAGUUAACGCGGAGGUGACAACGUUCAAAGACCUACGCGGAUUAAAUCAGAGACUGUGCCUAGACUGCAGUACUCAUCUGUGAGACAGUGAUUUUUUCUUUUCUGAGCGGGACGAUGUGACACGAGAAGAUGGAAGCGUCACUCUUCCUCGAGCAACAUCUACAGCCGCCUGGAUUUUCUCUACACAGGUUAUUCUAAGGUAAUUCUGGGAUUAAGGCAUAAGUCAAGGAGAAUCACUUGCGCCUCUUCUUCGUGCCAACAAGAUAUCCGCCAUAAGGGCAUUUUUCUAGAAUCCAUAAUUUUAUUGAGAUGAGUGUCUCGGGGAUCUCGCGGGUCUUCCUCGUGAUCGCGCUCUUCAGGAUGGUGCCCUUUUCCAACUCGCUGGCUGAGGAUCACAUUUGCCCGAGAGUGGAGAAUUACACGGUCACGUCGUACGAGACUUACACCGAGCCGGUCGUGGUGAACACGUUCACUUGGUGCCUGCAAAUUCCCCCGAGGUGCCCGAAGACACGGACCGAAUUACGGCUGCGAUACCGCUUAAAGACGGAGGAAAAGUCAAGGACCGUGGAGGAAUGCUGCAACGGAUACAAAAAACUGGUGAUUCAUGACGACGCGGACGCAAGGUGUUUGCCGCUUUGUGAAAAAUGCCUGGCGGGCAAGUGUGUCGCACCCAACGAGUGCCAGUGCAAUCCUGGAUAUCAAGGCGACGAUUGCACCCGUGAGUGUCUAUCGGGAUCCUGGGGCGUACGAUGCGCGGAAACGUGCGACUGCGGAGAAAACGGCAAUUGCGAUCCUGCGAACGGCACAUGCCGAUGUCCUCCGGGAUUUCGAGGACCUCGAUGCAGAGAGCAUUGCGCAACCGGUCAGUGGGGCCCGAAUUGUGCAAACGAAUGCAUAUGUCAGAACCGAGAUAAUGAUUGCGAUGCCGUAACCGGAAGAUGCGCCGACGACAACGACGAUGGCGCUCCAUUGGCCGGGCAAACGUCGCCCGGUUAUUUGCGAAGCUCUACCACCGAGCGUGUACAAACACCCAGGAUUAGUAGCGCGAGGCAUACAGAAGUUAUCUCCGUGCCGCGCGAGACUACCGGACGCCAAACGGAAGCUUCAGCCGUGAACAUCGAUGACGAUUGGAGCAACGCGAACUACAUCCCGGACACGACGACUGCAGCGACAAUACCUAUCGCGAUUCCUUCCCAAAAGACGACAACGAACGAAACGCGGGCAAAAGAUCCUCUCACGACUGCCCGAUCUGUGAUCGUGCUGGUUUCCGUUCCCGAGCGUAGAAGAGAUACCGAGAAGGAUCGGCAAAAAUUCGCAACGAAGGACGAGUUCUUCAGGCAUGUUCAAAGAGACGAGAGCGUCAGCGUGCCAAAAGUCGAUUACGUGAAAACCGUGCACAAAGAUGAUACCCAGACUACGCCGAUUCCAUUAGACAUCGCUCUAAUCGUCGUGGCUGCGAUCGUGUCUCUUGGGCUGACCUUGAUCGCGGUAGUUAUGGUCCUCCACAUGCGGUCCAAGCUGUUCGAGACUGUCAGACUUGCCAUCUACGACGAUGAGAAGACCAAGAGUCCAGAGCGCGAGAACGCAAACAGCGAAAGGAUGUCCACAGUGGUGAACUCUAGUCUGCCCCCACCACCGACUCGCGCCAAUCCCAUAUAUGCAGCCAAUGCGGAAUCGGAAACAAUACUAACGGUCGAUGGCAUCGAAUCGUUGAACACUUACGCUAACGGCACAGCUACGAUCGGUCUCCGCAUUUCUGGUAAUCUUCGCGAUCUAUUGCAAGAGGGUUAUUACGAUCGACCGCCAGCGACUCUGAUACGCCUGCAAACGAACUUCGACCACAAUACAGAGCACGUGUACGACGAAAUACCCUUGCAAACCACUCCGUUGUCCAACCACAAGGAUAUGUGACGAAGAAGCUCUAUACAUUCGCAGUAGUAGUCAACUCUAUUUGUAGUUGAGAGAAUGCGAUAUUAACGUUAAAAGAAGAAAAAGAGUGUAGAAAUGCAAAGUGUCUGUGGACAAAACGCAACCUGCUGCGGGCCGACUGCUAUUGAUGAAAAGCCGAUCGUCCAGUCCCGGUGAAAAAUGUACGAAAACUGGUUUCCGACCUUACAUAUAGCUGUCGAGCGUACAAGGCUGAACGUGACUAUAAUUGAACGGAACAAGCGGAGAGACAAGUCGUUUGAGCGUCAUGUACUGUCAGUGACCGCCAGUUGAAUCUGACCAGCGGGGCGUGCAACUUUCUGAAUCAACUAUUUUGUAGUUUCCACGAGAUGACGUCAAACGCAGCGCGACUGCACCUGAUUACGAGUGCGCGCAAUUAGGUGGAAAGUGCGGAAUAAUAGAGUCCCGCGUAUAACGAGCAGAGAUACACAGCGCGCGCGCCCGCGCUAACUAUCAUUAUAGAAGCGAUGCAAAACCGACGAACUACUUGCUCGUGAAUGAAAUAAAUUGCCCGCUAAAUCUGGCAAUUUCGUUCGCAACGUACGCGCGAUUUACUCCACGCGAAUGAUCUCGCGUAAAAAAAUAUGAAACCGUUGUUUACUUAUUUCAGUUAGUAUUAUUCAGUUAGUAUAGUUAUGUAUUACGAGCGAUCCUUCUCGACUUAUUGUUACAUCUUAUGAAGAGCACGCGUCGUUGACAUUUUUUUACAUUAAUAAUAUUAUUACGAGUUAUUAUUUUUCUAUGAUACUCGACGCAAUAGCGGUAGUCAUUUUUCUCGCACCAAUCAUAUUAAAGAAGCGAUAUUUCUAUCUACUUCUAUCUAUUUCUAGCGGAAAUACAUCCUGCGAUAAUAUUCCGAUAAUACUGUGUUUCCAAAUAAAUCGACAAUGAUACAUAUAUAAGCGACAAUUUAUUGUGUAGUAGAGAUAUUUUUAUCGUGAAAAAGUACACUCCAUAAAUGGAACAGUCCCGUCGAUGCAAAUGUAUGAAUUGUAGAAAGAUAUAAUCUGUUAAUAUCACUUUAGGUAUAUACAAAUUGAGGUAAUUAUCUGCAAUAAAUUAAGCAAUGUAAUGAAAUAUAA